CCCACGGCCUCCUCGCGUUUCCAUUUCCCCCCUCUGGAGCCGCACUCUCCCCCGGCCGAUGAUGCCCACGCCGUCCCUCGCUUCCCUCCGGCCUCUCUGCUGCCGUCCCGCUCCGACCCCGACCCCGAGCGCGGCGCCGACACCACCGAGACCGAGGAACCACCAUCAGAAUGGCGCCGGGACCUCCUCCCUCCAUCGCACCCCUCGGCCGCGCCGCCCAAACGCAAACCCGACGUGGUGCUGCCGCUUUUCUCCAGGCCGGGCAUGUUCCCCGAGCAUCCUCGCAGCCCGUUUGCCGGCGGGCUGAUGGGCAUCCCGGUGUCUCCGGCUUUAUCGCUGACCCCCACGCUGUUUUCUUACAGCCCCUCGCCGGGGCUCAGCCCGUUCGCCGCCGCCGCCGCGGGGAGCAGCUGCUUCUCCUUCAACCCCGAGGAGAUGAAGCAUUAUCUGCACUCGCAGGCGUGCUCGGUGUUCAAUUAUCACCUGAGCCCGCGGACAUUCCCCCGGUACCCGCUGGUGGUGCCGCCGCUGCAGUGCCCGCUGCCCGUGGAUGAACAGCCGCAGUUCCCCAUCAAACUGCAGCCGCCGCCGGCCGGGAGGAAGAACCGAGAGCGGCUCGAGAGCCCCGAGGGAGCGGCGGCUGCUGCAGGAUCGGCGGCACAAAUCGGAACCGCCAGGGUCAAAGUGGAGAAGGAGAGCGAGGAAAUCUUGGGGGAAAUGCGGGGAAAAAUGGAGGAAAAAAUACCGGAGAGAAAGGAUGGAGAGGAGGAAGAGGAGGAGGAGGAGGAGGAAGGGAAAGCGGCGCUGUUCGCACGUCCGGCGGCGAUGUGGAUGGCGGAGGAGAACGCGGAGCACGGGGAGAAAAACAUAGAAAAAACAGCGGAAAAAACAACGGAAAAAGCAGCGAGCCGGGAUUGCGGGGACACCGCCGSGCUGGAGAAACGCGAGGAUGCUCUGAUGCCGCCCAAACUGCGGCUGAAGCGCCGCUGGAACGGGGAUUCGCGUCCYGACGGCGUCCCCGACGAGCGGCACAACGGCCUCUGGCACCUGCCCAAAGCCGUGGCCACCGCCGGCCCCGACGCCUGAAAUCCGGCAAAACCGCAGGAAAAAAAUCCGUGUAUUUAUGUAGCAAGGUCGCAGAGCAGUUUUGGGGGAAAAAAAAA